UCUCUCUCUCUGCACAUUUCGAUGCUUCAUUCUCUAACAGAGCUCUGUUUCCUUGUCCCAUUGAUCACUCUCUUUUCCACACUUCUUCUUCUUCUUCUUCUUCUUCCCCCUUUUUCCACCUCCAAAUUCCACCUCUUAUUCCCUUCUGAAUCUCUGCUUCUCUGUGUUUCUCUCAUCUUUUCCACCUCCCAUUGCGCUUCCAUUCAACCUCCUCCAGCAUGUGAUUUCUACUCGAGAGAUUUCAAAGAAGAGCCUAUUAAUGAGCACCAAUCUUAUCCUGUCUUGCCAUGCUUCAUUUAUUAUCAGUAGAAUAUGCCCGUGAAGUAUAGAUAUUGGCUGCACUUCUCCGACGCUAACGGCAUUUAUCAUUUCCUGAUGUUGUUCGUGUAGACCCCAGAUAUAAUAUACUUCAUGACAUCAACAUCUCUGAAGUUAGAUUCCACUGAUGCAAGAAAAAUCCAUAAUGCCCUACUGAUCAGCAAAAGGGGGUUGUUGGUUAUUAUUGCUCCAGUUGAGCAUGAAAUAUUGCACUAUGUGGACCACAGGGCUUUGGGUAUUUUGGCUGCAUUGUUGAAGUCUUCUGUUCUUGCUUCUUGGUUUGGUUAGGUGCUAUUUAAAUUAUACUUGCUUCGUUACUACCUGGAGGAAAGACGCUUAAUAACUUUCAAAGAAUGAUGGAACCAGAGUUUUGUUCUUCUAGAAUACAGUCUCCUUUCCGCGAGGAGAGUGGGGAUGAAGAGCUUUCAGUUCUUCCAAGGCACACUAAAGUUAUUGUCACUGGAAAUAACAGAACGAAGUCUGUUUUAUUGGGAUUGCAAGGCGUAGUUAAGAAGGCUGUUGGUCUUGGAGGCUGGCACUGGCUGGUAUUCACAUUUGUUUUGAAAAAUGGGGUUGAAGUGAAGCUACAAAGGAAUGCAUUGAGUGUGCUGGAACAUCCCACAGGAAACGAGAAUGAUGAUCAUGAUUUUGACAACUCGAGUUGUAGCUCGGACAUUGGUGAGAAGGACAAUGAUUUCUCUAGCAGCAUUGUUUUCCACAAGCUUAGCAAACAUAAAGUGAGGCAGAUAAGGCCAUGGGCUCCAUCUUCAUCGGCAAAGUUGACAACAGGUCGGGGCAGCUAUGGAGAAAUUCAGUCAAUUCACGUGCCAAAGCUGCGGGUCAAACUGGGGAAACUAGGAACAGAGUCUUUGUGGAGAUAUAUCAGGCACUUCAACCUUGUGGGUAUCACUGUGAAUAGCAUUUCAAAUGCUUCAAGGGACCAAGUCCUUCAUGUUGUGCAGCGACAUUUUGCUUUACAGACAAAUUUGAACGAGGCAUCGGUGAUGACUGAAUUCAUUCGUGCAGUAAAGAGACGAAGGGAGUGAGUCACUGAUAUUGAAAUUAGAAGUGAUGCAAGUAAAUGUAUGUUUUGUAUAGUAAUUAUGCAAAUUAACUAUAACCUGUAGACUUCUAACUUCUAACAAUCUAACAUUGAUUUGAUAUCUAUUUAUUCUCUCCAUGUAAUUCUAUCUGCU